GGUAGCACGUGUGCCAAAACCAAUCACCGUGACAGCUGUCAAUUUUUGCCGAUCAGAGGAAUUUUUUUAAUAAAAAAUAGUAAAUAUCCUGGCAAAAUGAGUGGUGAUUUCGUAUGGGCCAUCAAGAACGGUGAUUUAGAACAGGUGAAAGAUAUUGUAGAAAAAAAGUCUGUAAAUGUUAAUGAAGAGGUGGAUGGUCGUCCUCUAAUUUUAUACGCCGCUGAUUAUGGUCAGGCAGAUGUGAUAGAAUACCUGAUUUCUGCGGGGGCUGAUGUAAAUUCCAAAGACAAGCAUGGGAUUACGGCAAUUCUGGCGGCAAUAUGGGAGGGUCACAAAGACUGUGUGAAACUACUGUUAGAAAACGGUGCCAAAAAGGAUGGAGUUGCCCCUGACGGAAAGACUUACCUAGAAUCGGCUGAAAACAAUGAAAUACGGCAAUUGCUGUCGGCUUAAA